UGCGCGAACCAGUGGCGGCCACUGGCCGGUCGGUUCAUCCACCCAUUUAUAUACAAAAGGACAAAGACAAUAAUCACCCUCUUCGAGUCAACAGGCGCCGUCGCUCGCUUGGUUGUGUGUCGUCGGUUUCGUCUCCGCGGCUGCGACCCAAAGGAAGAAAUCGCGGCGAUUCAUGGCUGACGGCGAAAACAACAGGGGGAAUUCGGGGGCAGAGGAGCAGCAGAGGCUGCUCUUGAGCAAGCACAAGGAGGCCCACUUCACGGCCGGCGAGAUCGUCCGCGACAUCAUCAUCGGCGUCUCCGAUGGCCUCACCGUCCCCUUCGCCCUCGCCGCCGGCCUCUCCGGCGCCAACGCCUCCUCGUCCAUCGUCCUCACCGCCGGCAUUGCCGAAGUCGCCGCCGGCGCCAUCUCCAUGGGUCUCGGCGGGUAUCUGGCAGCUAAGAGCGAGGCGGACAAUUACGCAAGGGAGCUGAAGAGAGAACAAGAAGAGAUCAUCAGAGUUCCAGAUACAGAGGCUGCAGAGAUAGCUGAGAUACUUGCACAGUAUGGUAUAGAGCCUCAUGAAUAUGGCCCAGUCGUCAAUGCUCUCAGGAAGAAGCCCCAGGCAUGGCUCGAUUUCAUGAUGAAGUUUGAGCUCGGACUCGAGAAGCCAGAUCCUAAGAGAGCGCUUCACAGCGCGUUCACGAUUGCCAUUGCCUACGUCUUGGGUGGGCUCGUUCCUCUCAUUCCGUACAUGUUUAUUCCAGUAGCUGGAAAAGCUGUGGUGGCAUCCGUUAUCUUGACACUGAUGGCCUUGCUGAUCUUCGGGUAUGCCAAGGGCUACUUCACUGGCAAUAAACCUUUCAAAAGUGCGUUGCAAACGGCUUUGAUUGGUGCCAUCGCUUCGGCGGCUGCUUUUGGCAUGGCGAAAGCCAUUCAAUCGUAGGUCGGUGUUGCGGCAUUAAAACUAGCGAUUGCUGAAGAGGUUUGUCUACCUAGUGCUGCUUAAGUUAGGGGGAUGACUGUUGAAUGUUUCCAUUUGAAGUGCUUGAUCACGGAUUCUUGCGGUUUCUUUGCAUCGAUUCUGUUGAGCCCUGGGUGGUUUGCUCAGUGACCUCAAGAGAGAUGUCUCUGCAAUUUAAAGGUUCAAUCUAGUGGUGAGCGAGACUUGAACAUAGGAGAGCGACCUCUAGUUCGAGUCUUUUUCACUUCCUUGCCGAGCCUCUUGUGGCUAUGGCAACACUGCAGGCCAUACUGCCAAUACGUCGGAGCGGAUUCCUAACGCAAAGUCGUGAGUAGAGAGAUUGGUUGCCGGACCCAUGGUUCAAUCCAGUGAACAGCCAACGCUACAGAAUCCGAAAAAAGAACUCUUCCUGCAGGGACCAAGAUCCAAUCUUCCCAGACUAUGAAGAAGAUGGAACUAAAACUGUGUUUUACUGUGUAUGUCCUUACAUUACUUCCAACUGUGUGUGUGUUGUGUAUUUUGUUCUUACUUUAUAAGAUUUUGAAGUUUUAAGUGAUCA